CCGUCUGAAACUCGCCUCUUCCCACGGGUCCGCGCCCCCACCUCCUCCUCCGCCGCCGCCGCCGCCGCCGCCGCCGCCCCUCCCGUCCUCCCGAAAUCCUCCAACAAACAAGUUAGCGGCAGCCCCAGAGCAGCCGAAGGAACAAGCCGCUCCAACUUCGGACACCACCGACCCCCCUCCUUUCGAUCCCGUCUACUAUUUCUUCUACGGCACGCUCAUGAAACCGGACAUCCUCCGAGGCGUGUUAGGCCUAGACUCCGAGCCCAGCCUGCGGGCUGCCAAAAUACACGGCUACGAGCUCGCACACUGGGGCCAAUACCGGACGCUGGUCGACAGCGACCCGGGCGCCGUAGUCGACGGCUACGCAUACAAGGUCGAAUCAGCUGAAGGCGAAUACAAACUCGCCUACUACGAGACCAACGCGUAUGCUCUGACGAGUUGCAAGAUCCACUUCACUGAUGGAGGCGACAGUUCUCCGGUGGAUGGGAAAACGUUCAAGUAUGCCGGGGACGCGGUGGCCCUCAAGGAAGGACGGUUCGAUCGGGCGCUUUGGGAGAGACAGAUGGGCCAGCGGUUGCCGCCGAGGCAGCAGAAAGGGUGAGGUGCAGAGCACAUAAAGGGACAGCGCUGAGAGCGCUGUUCCGGGGUGAAAUUCUCACGACGCCAACAGCCCGAUGUUUGAGAAUAUGAGGGCGCGAUGUGGCGUUGUCGCCGUGGGCAGGCGCGAUAUGGAACACGGGAGGCGGGCUCGAAAGCAGAAGGUUGUGCAGAGGGGCAGGUCCUCUGCCACAUAGGCGCGGUUAUGAUUGGUGAUAACGGGGCGGAGAACGGGAACUUAGGGUUAGAGAUAGGAGCGCCGGAAAGGGGUGUUCGAUAUCGGGCUUUCACCCAGGGUUCCGGAGAGCCACAAUAGGGGCUGGCUAUCACUUCGACGUUACUAAGAGAUAUGCUAGUUGCUGAUUCUGGACGGAAAGAAUGAGUUGCAUAGGUCUUGAGAAGCGGCGGGUCCGCCUGUGAGAUGAUUGCGCUCCCGCGGCCCAAAGUCUACAUAAAUAGUAAUAUGCUAGGUACCUAGUUUGCGUCCCUCG